GGAGGGACCGUGAAUUCAACAACUGUUGCCCGGACCGAGCUUUCUCCUCCGUGUUUGUGUGGCUCUACCGGCGGUGGGAGUGCGUGGCAGCCAGAGAGGGGGGCGUUUGCGGUGUUUCACAUCCCGCUCGGACGCGGAACACCUGCGCGGAGGGCGGCUCGUCGGAGGACGCGGGGCCGAGCCCUCGGCGGCGGGACCGGGUGAAUGACUUCAGUGGAUGAGGGCUUGGCCGCGGGAGGCAGGGAGCCUGCCGAACAUGGGCUCCCCUCACUAGUUAACGGGGGAGGUGAGGAGGAGCAGAGCUGUCCGGUCAUCAUGAGCACCCCGGCCUAUCCUGACUCCGUUCCCGACAGCCAGCUGUUCCCCAAAGAGGCGGAGGAACCCGAGGAGGAAGAGGAGGGCAGGGAGCGGGAGUCGGACCGGGACAGUGCUGUAGAAAGCACUCAGGGAUCAGACACCUUAGACGGCCUCGCCAGACUUGGAGAUAAAGAAGAGGCACUGGGGGAAUUGUUUUUUCCUGGGGAGAAGGCUGGGCAGACUAGUAUCUCCGUGACCUCUGACCUUUCAACACGCUCUUCGGCUUCCCUGAACGAGGAGCAGUUCGAGGACUACGGGGAGGGAGACGACCCGGACUACACUCCCAGCAGCCCCUGUCUGGAGGACGAGACUCGAACCAACGGCUGCUCUGACCUCGGCUCAUCUGUGCCGUCGAGUGCCGGCCAGACACCUCGCAAAGUGCGACACCAUUACACCGGUGAACUCAUGGAUGUCUACUGUUCACAGUGCAGCAAAAAGGUCAACCAGCUAAAUGAUCUGGAGGCUCGCCUCAAAAACCUCAGGGCUAACAGUCCCAACAGAAAAAUCUCCAGCACGGCCUUUGGAAGGCAGCUGCUUCACAACAGCAACCUGAGCAGCAGUAAUGGAAGCACAGAAGACCUGUUCCGAGACAGCAUCGACUCCUGUGACAUCGACAUCAACGAGAAGGUGUCUUCUCUUGAGAAGAAGGUGGCAGAACUGGAGAAUGAGAUUGUGAUAAAUGGAGACCUCAAGUCCAAGCUGAAGCAGGAGAAUACUCAGCUAGUGCACAGAGUUAACGAACUGGAGGAGCUGCUGAAGGACCAAGAAACCCGAGCAGAGCAAACUCUGCAGGAGGAGGUACGGAGACACCGGGAGGUCUACAUCAAGAUGGAGAGGGACAAAAGCACACACAUAGAUCUACUCAACAGUCGAGUAAAGCAGCUGGAAGACGAGAACACGGAGAUGUCUCUUAACUUGUGUCGUCUAAAGUCACAGACGGAGAAGCUGGACGAGGAGAAGCAAAGGAUGACCAAUAAGCUGGAGGACACCAGCCUGCGACUGAAGGAUGAAAUGGACCUCUACAGAAAAAUGAUGGACAAAUUGAAGCAAAACAGACAGCAGUUCCAGCAAGAGAAGGAAGCCAUGCAGGAGCUAAUAGAGGACCUGCGCCGCGAGCUGGAGCAUUUGCAGCUCUUCAAGCUGGAGGCAGAGAAGCCCGGCCGGAGCCGCAGCUCGUCCUCGGGACUUGCAGACCUCAGCUGCAGGACCAGGGAGGUGGAGCUCGAGCACGAGGUCAAGAGACUCAGGCAGGACUUUCUUCCCCCCGAAUUCCAUCAGCUGGUGUUGUCUGGGGCUGGGCUCGGCCCCGGCGUAAUGGAGAACCACAAACUCAAAGAACAGAAUGAUGACCUGAAUGGUCAGAUCCUCAGUCUGAGCCUGUUUGAAGCCAAGAACCUGUUUGCCACGCAGACCAAGGCCCAGUCUCUAGCAGCUGAAAUAGAGAACGCUUCCAGAGACCAGUUAAUGGAUGCCCUGAAGCAGCAGGAGGAAAUCAACUUACGUCUGAGGCAGUACAUGGACAAAGUCAUCCUAUCCAUCCUCGACCAUAACCCCUCCAUUCUGGAGAUCAAGCAGUGAGCCCGCAGGAAGACGGUGAUAAUGUCGGGCAGAGUUGGGUCAUUCCAACUGACUGAUCUGACCCCGCAGGCAACUCAGGACAGGAACUGUACAGAAGAAAACAAGGAGAAGCCGACUCGGUCUUGAACAAGACUGCUUGUUGCGUUGGGACUUCUCGCUCAGUUAAAUCUUCAGUCGAGGUAAAGGGACUUAACUGAGUCAACCAACGUUUACUGACUAAUAGCUUAAAAAACUGUGACUGCCCAUCUCAGUCGACAACUGUCUUCACUCUGUGCUCUGAAAUGUGUUUGUACUACUUUGAUUUAACGCGUUGAGCCGAUAACUUUUACCCAAAUGACUUGUUUUCAUCUAAAACUGACAAGUCAGUGGAAACAGGAUACUUGAACAUAAAUACUGGAAUAGAGUAACAUCUUCUGUUGUAAUAAUGGGUGUUUCAUUUACAAGCAUCUUUUCUUUUUUAAUAUGUAUUGUCAACAUAUGGGAAAUACAUUAAGUUAAGAAGCAGACAUGAAGGCAAGCCUGCUGCCUGAGCUGCAGACGAACACCCAUCAUGGAGGUUUGGUUCUGACUACUUUUUGGACAAUAGAGGACUGAAGGAGAUGAGGCAGAUGUCGUCAGAAUAAAGCAAAGAGGGAUGACUUAAAUAGAAAUAUAAAACUGUACAACUGUCGAGGUUCAGUGAGCUGGCGAAAAAAGGAAUAUUGUCAAGUCUGUGAGUGCGUCAAACUUUAUUUAUAAUCUUAAUAAGAUGUCUUCCAGGAAACCUUGCAAACAGCACUUGAAGUGUCAAUCAUUACAAUGGUGAACCCUUUCACGAAGAAGUGUCCCUUAGUUAGGAGAGACUGCUGCUUUAUGGCACGGAAGUGGCAAUCAGGGAGGGUCUUUUAACUGGAACUUCCAUUCGAUGAGCUGGCAAAGCCAGAACUUAAUAAAAAAAAAUGUAUUUCUACUGUAGUAAUUGACCCAAACAAUGUUGCACAGAGGAGUAGGGAUAUGAAUGUACUGGAUGUGUGGUGGAUGUACUUUGGAGUGAUGGGAAGUCAUUCUAAAGACUUUCUGAACCUGAUCUGUUCUCAGUGAGGUCGACAGAUUCUGGAUGCGCACAGGAGACUAACUUUUUUUGCCUAAAAACAGGAUUAAGUGAAGCCCGGAUAGCUCCCUGAAACUAAUGCUGUAAAUAUUUUGAAUGUACAACUUCACAGUUUAGUUCCUACGUGGUCAAAAGAAUAUCCAUAAUAAUAAUAAUAAUAAUAAAUUCAGAUUUUAUGUUAAAACAAAAACUCUACAGUAUUCAGUUGUGUAAGAAGGUGGGUAUCUGCUGUAUUAUGUAACUAUUCUAAACCAGAGUUUUGCUUCCUUGCACAAACAUUUCGUUUUGUUUGCAUGGUCCUUUUUUUUCUUCUGUCUGUGCCUUUCAAGGACAUUCUUCAAGACUGAGGGUACAUUCUGUCUAUAUGUUUUUGAACUGUAAAUGUACUUCUAAAGUGACGAUUUGUAUUCAUGUGCCACUCACUGUUUUUUCUCAGCUGGUACUAAAAAAAAUACUAUUUUGUACUGUUUUAUCAAGAAAAAGCGACCUAUUGUUGCAUAGAUAGUAAUGCUUUAGCUGUACAGCUCAAUGCUUUAUAUGGUACUCGAGCCUGAUACGUUUUGUGAGUAAAUUUUACACCGUUUUUUUUUUUUUUUUGUUAAGGUUAAAUUCUAUUCAUUUCAUUUUAAACUGGCUUUUUACAUCCCGUCUUCCUACUUAUUUAGUCACAACUUUAAAGCAAUAUUAACUUAUUACGGUACUUUACUGAUUUGUGUCUGGUUUUUCUUCACAAACUUGACCUCUCAGUAGUACUUGUUGGUGCCAAUAAAGAUUUGAAUCAAAUCAAAGGGUACAACCUGUUGAAGAAAUAAGUCACAAACUUCUGUUGCUCUGAAAAUAUUCAUGAUGUCUAUUUGCCACUUUAAACUGCAAUAAAAAUGGCUUUGGCGGUUGUGCUGUC